AUGGUCCAGCGUGCAGUGCGACUAUCCGAACACGCCUCCAAUGACCCUUGGUCUAUAACCAAGCUCUGUCCUCAUGAGGACCGAGGUCAGCGUCGGAAACCUUCGGCUGACAUCUUCGACCUGCGCCUAAGCGAUUAUAUCCAGGUACUACAGUAUCUGGACAAUUCCAUGGCCACGGGGCGGUACACCGAUCAAUACUAUCCUGAAACGAGCUCACUUUGUUCGGCAUUUUCGGAUUCGGAACUUGUCACUAGAGACAUGACCAUUGUUCCUUGGGAGCGCCCACCCACUCCCACUCCAGCGUGGAUUGCAUCGAUGGAAAGCUUCUUUUUCGGAUCACCGGGGUUGUCGGUAUCGCCCAGUCCACUUCUAACACCAUCACCGUUGGCCAUUGAAGCGCCACCUGACCGUCAGGAUGGCGGCAUAUUUGUGGAGCCGCCAUAUUCGGAUAUUGACGCAGAACAUUUAGAUCCAUUUGGACAAUAUGGGCAGAGUGCCCGAUUCUUGGAGAAUAGGUAA